CCCAAUUUCAGCGUGCUGAUCAAAUCAGGUUUCUGAGCCAUCAUCACGUCUGAAAACUUGACCUUGAGGUGAUGGACUCACCAAGGCUUAGCCACUGAAUUGCCCUGGUGGAAAAUAUUCCUGAAGGCCUUAACUAUUCAGAAAAUGCACCAUUUCACUUAUCACUUUUCCAAGGCUGGAUGAAUUUACUCAACAUGGCCAAAAAGUCUGUUGACAUAGUGUCUUCCCAUUGGGAUCUCAACCACACUCAUCCAUCAGCAUGUCAGGGUCAACGUCUUUUUGAAAAGUUGCUCCAACUGACUUCACAAAAUAUUGAAAUCAAGCUAGUGAGUGAUGUAACAGCUGAUUCAAAGGUAUUAGAAGCCUUGAAAUUAAAGGGAGCCGAGGUGACGUACAUGAACAUGACCGCUUACAACAAGGGCCGGCUGCAGUCCUCCUUCUGGAUCGUGGACAAACAGCACGUGUAUAUCGGCAGUGCCGGUUUGGAAUGGCAAUCCCUGGGACAGAUGAAAGAACUCGGUGUCAUCUUCUACAACUGCAGCUGCCUGGUCCUAGACUUACAAAGGAUAUUUGCUCUAUAUAGUUCAUUAAAAUUCAAAAGCAGAGUGCCUCAAACCUGGUCCAAAAGACUCUAUGGGGUCUAUGACAAUGAAAAGAAAUUGCAACUUCAGUUGAAUGAAACCAAAUCUCAAGCAUUUGUAUCGAAUUCUCCAAAACUCUUUUGCCCUAAAAACAGAAGUUUUGACAUAGAUGCCAUCUACAGUGUGAUAGACGACGCCAAGCAGUACGUGUACAUCGCUGUCAUGGACUACCUGCCUAUCUCCAGCACGAGCACCAAAAGGACUUACUGGCCAGACUUGGAUGCAAAAAUAAGAGAAGCAUUAGUUUUACGAAGCGUUAGAGUUCGACUCCUCAUAAGCUUCUGGAAGGAAACUGAUCCCCUUACGUUUAACUUUAUUUCAUCUCUUAAAGCGAUUUGCACCGAAAUAGCCAACUGCAGUUUGAAAGUCAAAUUUUUUGAUCUGGAAAGAGAGAAUGCUUGUGCUACAAAAGAACAAAAGAAUCACACCUUUCCUAGGUUAAAUCGCAACAAGUACAUGGUGACAGAUGGAGCAGCUUAUAUUGGAAAUUUUGAUUGGGUAGGGAAUGAUUUCACACAGAAUGCUGGAACGGGCCUUGUUAUCAACCAGGCAGAUGUGAGAAACAACAGAAGCAUCAUUAAGCAACUUAAAGAUGUGUUUGAAAGGGACUGGUAUUCACCGUAUGCCAAAACCUUACAGCCAACCAAACAGCCGAACUGCUCAAGCCUGUUCAAACUCAAACCGCCCUCCAACAAAACUGCCACAGACGAUGCAGGCGGAAAGGAUCCCUGGAACGUAUAACGUGAAUAAACAAACUGAUAGGACAGUUCCGUAUUUCAUAUUUAUACAUAAAGGACUUGAGGAGAGAAAAAAACACUUUAAUAUGUCUCUUUUUUUUAGGGAAAAAGCACACUUAUAAAAAAUAUUCUCUGAACGACACAUAAUACCUAUCUAACAAUAUCUUAGCGUCGUGUACACUGAAAUUAAGAUUUUUGUAUUUGUUACCUCUGACAGAGAAUGUCAUUCUGGCAUAGAAGUUAGUUUUUACAUUUGCAUACAAAUUUUAAGACUUUCAUUCCUGCUUCUUUCUAGUUUGAGAACUUUUUCUGCUGACCUACCCGGUCAGUUGUUAGGAAGCUUAGCAUGAGAUGGGCUCUUUAACACCAUUCUGAGAACUGCUAAUUUAGAGAGAAAGGUGAGGAUUUUUGCCUUGGAGAAGAGACUGAUAAAACCAGUGUUUAUCCUUGUAAAUCGUCUCCAAGACCUACACAGUCAGCUAAGCGUGAACAGCUUACAUCUCAUGCCAGCCUUCAACACCCUUGAAAAAUAUCCUUUUCUGUCUUGCUCAUUUUCUUCUUAUACCAUGGAUUUUAUUUGGUAUCAUUUUCUCUUCUCACAAAAUGUUCCUAUUAUAUUCUGUAUUCAACCUCAACAUUACUUCUAACUAUGAUAACAUCUUUUGAAAACCUACAAAUUUCUCAGAGUGGAUACUACGUGGAAAUAGUGGUCUUUCAUUUUUACCUUUCAACUGAAUCCUUUUUUCCCCUACCGAAUUGGUAUUUUAAAAAAAACGACAGUCAGCAAUAUAUGUCCUUUCUCUCAAGCUCAGAUAAAUUACGAAAUUACGUGGCCACCUGCUUAUAUCCAGCAAGCUAUCAAGUCUGCAUUUUGGGAAUAAAGUAGUUUUUCACAUUUUUGUUCAGUUUAUGGUAUUAUAAAGGAAAGAUCUCUAUGCUUCAGUGGAUUUUAAUUUCUUUAGAAUCAUUAUGCUGUUAAGAGUAUGCCAGCAAACAUUUAUAGAGCUAUUUAAUAUACCUUGUGCUAUUUAAUAUACCAAAUGCUUUUCAGAGAAAUGCAAUUUAAAUACUGUGCUUAACAUAUUUUACUAAGAAACAGAAAUAUUGAAUUAUUGUUCUAUAAUGUAAUUGUGUGUUGUUGUUUUAUAUCUAUACAAUAUAUACCCCUGUAUUAAUGGAGACCAUUGCUACACUAGGGAGAGGCAUGGCCUCUUCAGAGCCCACAGCAGGUGGCCGGGAUGUCCAGUUCCAAUGUUGUUCCCGACUCUGUGACUCAAAGCAGAGCUUCUCACUGCUUGGCCUCGGGCUUCUCUUGGUAAUGUAGAUAGUAAUACUCACCUACCUCGCAAGGAUGUUGUCACGGUAGGAAAUAUUUAUAACUUGUUUUGAAAUCAAAAGAACCUAUAUAAAUGCUAAGCAUUACAAUAUAUAAUCUUUUUCUUGAAAUAAUCUUUGUCAUAUCUUGAUAGAAUCAACACCAGGUCCUCCCCAAGAAUCCACAAAGAAAAAUAAAUUCACAGCUUGCAGUUGCAAAUGUGGGUGAAAAGAACACGGCACCACAGAAACCCUGGUAGAGCUCUGGAUUGUCAACAUUUCAAUGGAACAUUGUGUUGGGCCGCUUUGGCAGGAAUAACAUCAACACAACACUAGACAUCGUGCUAGAGCUUGUUCUUCAGGACCAUAAUAUACAUGUAUUUUCAGAGCAAGGAAACAUUCAAUUAUUCUUUUUCAUUUCUGAAGACUUGAUUUCUAAAUGCCAAAAAAGUGAUCGAGGAGCCUAUGAAUCUUACCCAAUGGAUUUACUUAAUAUAGAAGGGCUAUGAUAACUUCCCUUCUUGUUAUUUGAAAGUAUUGCUUCACUAGAUAUUUAACCAGUUGAUCAGGAGAGCUGGAAGGAAGCUGUAUUUUUAAGGGUAGAAUGUUUUUAUGACUAACUGGGAGAUUCUCACUGAAAUUCCUCAUCAAUAAUAGCCAGCCCGUAAGACUCCAAAUAUUUGCCAUAUACACAAUCCAUGUUUGAUUUGGGAGUUAUAACUCUGCCAGUUAUCCCAAUAAAGUAAACGUGGUUUUGGUGAUGAUUUUAAAAAGAAAGUAGGCUGGGUGCAGUGGCUCACGCCUGUAAUCCCAGCGCUUUGGGAGGCCAAGGCAGGAGGACUGCUUGAGGCCAGGAGUUUGAGACCAGCCUGAGUAGCACAGUAAGACCCUGCCUCUAAAAAAAUAAUAAAGAAAUAAAGGAAAGAAGGAAUCAGAGUAGGAGUGGAGACAAACCUACCAAGUUCACACUCAGACAAACAAAAGCAACCUGGGUUGGUUUUAAAAAGGAUGUCUAAAGGGAGAAAAAAACAACCACAAGAACCAAAACUUGUUAGUUCUCAAGUUGUCCCCUGAAGUAUUCAUCCACAGCCAUGGGACACUCAUAGGCUUGGUGUCAUGGGGCCUCUUCACUGUCACUUAUCUGCUGUAUGUGCUACGAGAAGAGAAUGUCCUCCUUUAUGGAAUGACCAGCAUUGCCAUUUCCUUUUGAGGCCUCGCAAAAUGCCACCACCAGGAGCUGCAUCCCAGGCUUUUCUGCCAAGCAGCAGCAGCAGAUGCCUACCAGACACAGCAAGCCCCUAAUCAGGGGAGUCUGGGCAGCGGUGGUGACUCCACGGGGCCACACUGUCCCUCUGUGGCAGCCAGGAAAGUGGCCCCCAUACCAAUAGUGUCCGAAAUGGGUUCAUGUCUCCCAAGAGAACAUUUCAUUCUGCAGAACUUUCUCUUUCAUUUGGAUGCUUUAUCUAUCCCUCUAGAGAUGGCUUUCCUUUCUUUUAGACUUAGUGUCUGUGCUAAACAAACUAUCAACCUCCAUUCCUCCCACCCCCCAAAUAUCCCAGGAAUUACUUUUCAGGAGGAAAAGAAUGAAAAACAAAAAAACAUGUUAAUCUGACACCUUCUGAUGGAUGUCCAUGUCCAUGCCAGAAAUUACGAAGAGCAGGGUGACUAUUCCCCAUUAACAUUCCCAGAUUUAUUUCCCAAGAGGCAAAAAGGAAAACAAACACAAUUAGAGACUAUACUUUGGAUUUCAGUACCACUAACACUAACUUAGUGCCUUAUUUAUCCUCAAGUGUUGAUUUUAAACAAUAAUUUAUUCUAUGAGAACACUUCUCUCUCCUGUGGAAUUCAAGAUGACCUUCCCAUGGGCCUACCAGUUGAAAACUGCCAUUAGAGCAUGGACAGUUUUUAUGCUGCCUGCUCUCUUCCCAAGCCCCAUCACCAUAUCCCCCCAAAUCAAAUCAUUGCACACACCAUCAAAGAUCAAUACUGUGGGCCUCCACUGCAUUGCCACUGGCCACUAGCCUAUCAAAUAAUUGAAUCACUGCUUAUCCAACCAUUGGAGAGGAAGUGGAACAGUGAGAUGACAUCCAUGCUCUGUAAACAACAAGCUUUAGGUACCUGAACCUGAUAGAAACAAGGAAUGCCGGAAAUGUCCCCACUGACUUCAAAGAAUCCUGUCAAGAGAUGCUGCACAGACUUCCUAGGUCCCGUGGCAUAGAGAAUGAAAACUAGCGUCUUUAACAAGUCAAAGCAGACAAAGAAACAAAAGGUCUGCAGACACACUUUGCAUCUGUGUAACUCUGGGCACCACUUUUCCCGUUCGGGCUCUCUCUGUGCUACUGCUUGUCUCAUGUCCGAUGCAGUUCUUAGUGAGAGGGGUCUGAUCAGAUUUUUGGUUGAUCUCACCCUUCGAAAAAUGUGGGGGUUUUUUUGAAAUGCAGUUAAUGGUUUGUUACAAGUGCCUCGAUGAACCUGGGAUUGAUAGAAGCUCAUUUCCCGCCAGCCUGUGGCUAUACUCAGUGACUCUGAUUCAUUCUGUUUGUUUUUAGGAACUUUUAUUGAACUAAAUUCCAGGACGAGGUGGGGGGAAAGACCAUAAGAAUUUCUUGAUAAGAUCAGAUCCAGGGUCUAUCUGUCUCAGGAAUUCUAUCCUACAAUUCACUUUUUUUUUUUUUUCUCCAUACGAAUGACCACUGGUGUGUGUUUCUGUGUCCAAAAUUCAUUUCAUUAUUUUUAACUUUAGGAAUGCAAAAUGCUGCCAUUACUUGCAUAGAACAGUCACUUCCUAUAAUGAAAGAUACUUUGUUAUUGUUUAUUCAAACUCAGUCCUUACAAACAGCCCCACAUAUCCUGGACAAAUGUUUCAUUCCUUUAUCUUUCUGUAUUUAUUCCCAAUGAUCUGGUGUGCUUUAUUAUACACCUUUUAAAGGCGGAAUUAAUAUAACUUCCAUUUAUUUCCAAGGUAGAUAAAUUAACCUAUUUUCAACAUUUUCCAAUUUGAUUUGAAUCAGCAUCUUUCAUUUUCCUUUUCUAUGUUGUUAACAAAACAGCUGCUUACCAUUUUCACCUUAUUGACUUAAAUCAACGGAGGCUUUUGAACAGCCCUGAGGUCAACCCCAGUUCGCAGCUUAUCUUUCUCAUUUGAGAGAACUCCCAUCUUUGGCUGAAUUAUGAAGAUGCUGCUUUUUACAGUGACUCAGUGGGUAUUCCUCAGAAGUUUCUCGAAGACGUAAAAAUGAAAUUUUCUUAUUUUUGACCCAUUAGCAGUCUUGUACUUACAGAGUUCUAAAACUUCGCUGGUCAUUUACGCUUCUUUUGGCAAUUUGAAAAAAAGAAGUUAUAUUUAAUAGACUAUUCCACAUUUUCUUUCGCUAUGUUCAACUACUAAACUUCUAAUUCUGUUACAAAAGGUAUCUUGAAUUUUUUAAUGUUCGUUUAUAUACAUAGGAUAAACUUGUACCUGGAUAUAACUAUAUUAUUAACCUUAAGAUCCCUAAAUAAAUUGGUUCGAUAAAGGGUUGAAUUUGGGGGAAUCAUUAAAAUUCUCAAACCUUUCGUAUAACCAGAUGCUCAGUUUUUUCAGAAGUAAAUAUUAGAUGGCUUUUUCAUACUGUGAGAUGAGGCAUUUCUUUUUCUCCUCAAGCUGAUCUCAGAAACAAAUCAGUCUCUUCUCAUCAGUAACCAAACUGUACUGUGGUGAAUUCUGAAGAAGGUAGAUGUGACUGGUCCAAUGGGCCCACUGUUUUGUAUAUUCACACAAGGAGGCAUCUUUGAAACACUAUGCCUAUCUCUUACAAAAAAAAAAAAAUUCCAAUAAAUGUUCAUUCUGAGUAAAUUAUCUUUUAGUGAAAAAAAAAAAAAACAAUCAUAGAGACCCCACUACAGAACCUAGUGUUUGCUCAACAAACGCACAUUGAAUCUCAGGUGUAGAGCACACCUUGACAGCCAUCUCAGCCAGCUCCCCCAGUGUGUAAAUUCCCUUCCCACUGGGGCACUUAGAAGUUGACAACCUAGAGUCUCAGGAUGGCCGAGUGGUCUGAGGCGCCAGGCUCAGGGUGAGACGCUGACAACCUACUUGAGCCAGACAACUUGGAGUGCUUUAUAUGGUUCCUUUCUCAAGACCCACACAGGAUAAGAUGUGUUGAUUUACUAAAGUAAUUUGGAUUUGAGGCAGUCUUAUCUCUGAAAGGAUAUGCACAAUAUGUAAUAAGGUGGGUACUCUUUUCAUAAAGAGAAUCAAUAUGAGAGGCAGAUUUUUUUUUUUAAAAAACUAUCAUUUGAGAGGUUAGCAAAGGCUUAGAAGUGAACUUUGAGUCUGCAAUAGUCAAUAGUAUUCUGAUUUUUAUCGGCAUUUCUGAAUGCUACAAUUUUGUGGUUUUUUAAAAAUUGGGCUGUUUGAUGACAGUCAUGUACAAGGAGUCCAAUUAAAUCAUAGUAAGGGUGAAGAUUAUUUGUGAUUUAGUUUUAUUUGAGAGAUAAAUUAGUAAGGAGAAAAGAUCUCUUUUUAUGAAGUGGAUAUCUGGCUCUCAAACCCAUUCCUUUUGGCUCAGACGUUAAAAAAUUAUUAAUUCCCUUACGGACUCUCCUAUUCCCCAUGGGCAGAAAAUUCUGAAAAACAGAUGAGACAUUCUGAGCCCCCUGCAAGACAAACACAGAUGGUUUCUAAUUUAGAGUUUUCCCACACAAAUGCACAACAAAUCUUGGAAAUGUGACCUCAAUUCCCAGGAUUAAAAACAUUGAAAUUAUAUGUUACUUUCCAGUGUAAGUGGAGGAUGAAGAUCUUUAAAGACAACUCAGAAAAUAUCCAAUAACAUUCAAAUCAGAGCGUGAUCUACAAUUUUACUUGUCAUUACUUAAAAGCGAAGACUAGCUGCUUCUUUAAAAGGGGCGAGUUACUAAAGGCAACAUCCUAGAAAAUGGAAUAAAAAGAAGGCAACACCUUAUUUUCAGCAAAGUUAUAGUACUGAUAAAGCACUUUGAAAAUCCUCUGUAGGCAAAUGUCAUUGAGAAACAAAGGCGGGUUUGUCCCCAGUGAUAAAGCUUUCUCUUAUUCGUAUUUCAUAGGUGGAUCUAUAGUUUUCCUGGUGUCUUGGAGAGACCCUACCUCCACAGCUCCAGGAGCAAAACUGUAUUUUCUGCCAUGUGAGCUCUCUACACUGGCCACAGCUGAUUGUACCAAGGUUCAGUACCUGACCCAAAGAGACUCAUUUGCAGGCCAGAGGGUGGCCUAAGGAAUGAAAGUGUACCUAGCAGUGGUAUUCUUUUUUGAUGGCACGUGGCCCAACCAGUCACAGCCCUCUUUUAGGGAGUUUGAAUACCAGAAAGUAAAUGAUGAAUAGGAAGCGCAGCCAAAAUAGACACAGUCACCGCAAUGGUGCCUCUGAGAGCAGUGACAGCAGUUACUUCUGCAGUCAAGACAAUGAGUUCUUGUUGAUUCGCCAUUUCUGCUCUUAGGUUACUGGAGAAAUACUUGAUUCCUGAACAAUGAGUCUGGACUUUGUAGUUCCUGGGUUGCUUUUUUUUCUUCCUAUGUAUUGACAUAAAUAAACUCACGUUAGCUGAAGUAA